UCAUCACUGCCUCCUGUAUCACUACUUCUAUCACCACCAGUCGUACCUCUAUCGGCUCAAGUUGCCCGCCGACCCAGUAAUUACAAUCCCUCGGUUUGUAGCACCAGUGCCGAACUGACGAACUGUGGGUCUCUUUCACGGCCAGGCUUUGGAACACCUGCACUACGUAGUCCUUCGCGGCUUGCCAACGCAACACCUGAAAAUCCUUUUGUGGCUAUCGAGGCCCGCAUGCAUUCUGGCGUUGGGAUACUUUUUAAGUAA